AUGGCGUCGAUGCAGCGGUCAUGCUGGCGGCAGCUGGCGCGGGCGCACGUUGCAGCCCCGUCGCAGAGGAGAGCAGCCUUCUCAGCGGCCAGCUCCAUCACCAAAGCACCACGGACCCAUUCUGCGGCGAGGUCCAGCAUUCCGAGACGUUUCUACAGCUCCCAGCAGACGCCGCCGCCUCCACCUCCCCCUCCUCCGCCAAAGCAGGACAAGAUCAAGUUCUGGCCAUUUAUGGUCAUCAUUGGUCUGGCAACAACCGCGUGGAUCGGCCUGGUUAAUCAGAGGAAGGACAUGCCUGGUGUUCCACCGCAACAACAGGUCGGUCUCGGCGGCCGUCUCCCCGCCCCGGCGAAACCCACACCUACAUUUUCCGCCGACGACGUCACGGUCGUCUUCGUCCUCGGCGGGCCGGGCGCCGGCAAGGGCACCCAGUGCGCCCAACUUGUCGAGCGCUAUGGCUUCACCCACCUCUCCGCGGGCGACCUGCUGCGCGCGGAGCAGGAGCGGCCUGGGUCACAGUUCGGUGAGCUGAUCAAGGACUGCAUCCGAAACGGCGCCAUCGUGCCCAUGGAGGUGACGGUGCAGCUGCUCGAGAAUGCCAUGACCGAGGUCGUCGAGGAAAACAAGAAGAAGAACAAGAACUCUAAGGCCAAGUUUUUGAUCGACGGCUUCCCUCGCAAGAUGGACCAGGCCCUCAAGUUCGAGGAGACCGUCUGUCCUGCCAAGUUUGUCCUCUUCUACGACUGCCCCGAGGCCGAGAUGGAGCGCCGCCUCCUCGAGCGCGGCAAGACGAGCGGUCGCGCCGACGACAAUGCCGAGAGCAUCCGAAAGCGCUUCCGUACUUUCAUCGAGACCAGCAUGCCCGUGGUCGACCACUACGAGAAGGAGAACCGUGUCGUCAAGAUCGAUGCCACACCGCCUCCUGACCAGGUCAGCAAGGAGACCCAGAAGCAGAUUGAAAGCCGCCUGGGCUCCAACUUCUAA